AUUUAGUUUAGUACAUUACAGGCCGACGCACCGUAUAGACGCAGCUGUCAAAAUUAAAAAGUUAACCUCACACGCCCGUAAAAUUCCCGCGUGUUUACUUUAAAAUUCGAACAUUUUUUUUUUAAUUAUCUGUUAUUGACAGAAUAAUACGAUAAUUGCAACGAAUAUUCGUGCGGUACUUAGAUAAUAAUUGUUUUAUUAGGCUACGAUUAGAUUAAAAAUGGUGUCAAUGUUGAUCCAGAAAUAAAUCGACGGGGAGCGCUUGGUUUUUAUUGUUUUUAAUUAAAUUUAGAAAAUAGUUAAGUAUGUCAACUAAUAAUUCGAUGGGCAAUAGAACUGAGAAGAUGAAUGGAGAAAAGUCUUUGUCGGAGUCUAAGACAAAUGGUGCAAAAAAUGGGAAUCAAUCGAAUGAUUUUGAAAGAAGUUUGGGGAAACUGAACGAGAUGUGCUUUGAAGAUGCGUUUGAACUUACAGGUCACGGCAGGUUCAAUCACCUAGUGCUCCUUACAUGCGGUCUGAUCAUGUUGAACGUCUCCAUGGAGUCGGUCGGCAUGAGCUACGUGAUCACCGCGGCGGAGUGUGAGUUAGAGCUCACCAGCGAGCACAAGGGUCUGGUGAACGCAGCUGCGUUCAUUGGUAUAAUAAGCACAUCAUUUCUAUGGGGCUACUUGGGUGACCGAUUUGGGCGGAGGGCUGUGAUGCUUCCCUCCAUGUUAGCUUCGGCUGUACUGUCUCUAGCCUCUUCUUUUUCUAUUAACGUAUGGAUGUUAUUCGUGUUGCGGAUUCUUACUGGAUGUUUAGUUUCAGCAUCCAGUGCAACAGUAUACGCUUAUCUCGGGGAGAUGCACACCGGAACGCGAAGGGCCUCCGCGAUCGCUUGGGGAUCUGCCUUCAUUUCCUUCUCGUUCAUCAUCCUACCAGGUCUUGCCUGGGUUAUAAUCCCAGGGCAAUGGUCUUUCUCCCUUCUGGGUUUCCCCAUCGUACCCUGGCGAGCGUUUAUCUGGUCGUGGUGUGCUCCAGGCCUAUUGGCCGCUUUGCUCUUAUCCUGGUUGCCUGAAAGCCCUAGGUAUUUGCUAGCAGCUAAGGGACCUGAAAUCGCAUUGCCUGUUCUGGCGCAGAUGUACGCGUAUAACCAGAAAGCUGAAGCGAGCAACUUUCCAGUUGAAAAAAUCGCAACGAGCAGCGUGGAGUCGCGAUCUGGUGGUUUCGUGGGCGCGAUUAAAAACAUCUCUCUGUUAUUCCGGCCGCCGCUGCUUCGCUGCGUCAUUAUCUCGCAUAUAUCUAUGUUCGCCGUGUUUAUGCUGUCAAGUGGAUUAUACGUUUGGGUGCCUGAUAUAUUGAAUAGUAUGCUGAGUAAUACAAGUGAGAAAAGUUUGACAAUAUGUGAAAUCAUUCAUAACAAGUUUCAAGCAGCUAAAAACGCAACGCUAUCGGUGAGCCACGGGCCGUGUGAGAGUCACGUGUCAACCGGAGUGUUCACUAUAUCGAUGGGAAUGGGCGCAGUCUUCGCUGUCACAUAUUUAUCUAUCGGUUUGUUCAUCACUCGGGUUGGGAGGAAGACGUUUUAUUGCAGCAUAAUGUUCGUGUGCGGUGUGGCAACAGUGUGCGCGGCGCUCGUGCCGCAGGGCGGCGCGGCAACCGCUCUGCUCGUGCUGGCGCUGUGCUCGGGCUGCGCCGCGUCCAUACUGGCCGCUAUUGCUGUUGACGUGUUCCCUACUGCGCUGAGAGCAAUGGCCAUGUGCGUUAUGUACAUGGUGGGCCGGACGGGCGCAGCGGUGGGCUCAAAUAUCUUGGGGGCCACUCUGGAUAGGCACUGCGAAGCUGCCUUCAGUGUUUUUGGGGCUUUUACUGCUGGUUCAGUAAUAUUAAUUAUAUUUUGGCCAAAGCCAGAGAAAGUUCGAGAAGAUUUAGAAGGAAAAGGAUUAUCUUACUAGCUAAUUAGUUUUUGAAUACAGAUGUUGAUAUUAUUGUUAUGUGUCGUGUUCAUAAGUGAGAGACUGAGAAAAUUAAUUCUACUCUUGUACAAUGUGUAAUUGGAGUAUUUAAGGAAUAAAAUAUUUUUA